AUGAGCAACAACCAAGAUCCACGAUGGGGUGAUUACUACUAUCAGCAAAAACGACCAAAAGGAAGAGCAGCAUGGGUUUUAGAAAUGAUCAACCAUGUCAACAAUAACGUUCCAAGAUUUAAUGAUCUCUUUGAUGAAGAAACAUUCUACGUUUUCGCUAUCUUGGUUAUUGUCAUUUCUAUAUUAACAGCAAUAUUCCUAUCGAGAGUUGUAGGAAUAGAAAUUAAAGAACACGACAUAACUAUCAAUAGAGAUUGGGGAGAACCCACACCUGCGGGAAUAUUUUCUUUCCCUUGGAAGGCAAAGAAGGAAUAG